AUGGAUCAACCAAAAAUUAUACCAAAUACAGAUGGGACCCUUAAAAGGGUCCACACCGAAGUUUCGGACUUCUUGUCUUCCGACGAGGAGUCCAUGAAAUCGAAAACUAGUGUGAAGAAAUCCAAAGUGAUUUCUUCACAAAACUGGCCAAGGUUUCUCGUCAUCAGUUCCACUGAUGACGGAGUCUUGAAUAAACUUUCACCCUUUGCCAUUCAAAAGGCAAUUGUUGGCUUGGCUGGUGAGCCAAAAUCUGUCAAAAAAAUUAAGACUGGCCUUUUGGUUGAAUGUUUAACCGAAAGGCAUUCUACUUGUCUUCUCAAGUCGACAGUUUUUUGCAACGUACCAAUUAAGGUAACUGCGCAUUCCUCCCUUAAUUCGUCAAAAGGAGUUAUCAGAUGCAGAGAUUUGGAAGGUGUUAGCGAGGAAGAAAUAUGCCAAAAUUUACGUACACAAGGAGUUACUGCUGUGAGGAGGAUAAAGGUUCGUCGAAACAAUGACUUGUUACCGACGAAUACUUGUAUCCUCACCUUUAACGUCCCUACCCUUCCUCAAUCUGUCAAAGCCGGUUACCUUAAUAUUCCUGUUGAACCCUUUAUUCCAAACCCCUUGCGUUGCUUCAAAUGCCAGCGGUUUGGCCAUGGUCAGAACACAUGUCGUGGAAAACUUACAUGCGCUCGUUGUGGUCUAUUUGACCAUGACAGCAAGACAUGUAAGAACGAUACACUUUGUCUCAACUGCAAGGGCAACCACUGUGCAUACUCGCGAGAGUGUCCGCGGUGGAAACUGGAAAAAAGAGUUCAACAGGUGAAGGUACAAAAUAAACUGUCCUUCACGGAUGCCAGGAGGUUGGUGGAGACAGCAACACCUACAGUCGGUGACAAGUCAUAUGCAGCUGCAGCUGCUGCCAAAGUCGCCACUAAAAGUGUUGCAGUCAACACAGACCUCACUUGGCAUUGUGAUGAAGCCAAGUACAAGAAACUGUCUGAUAUUGAGAAGACGCAAAAACAGACAUUCACUAGUCUAAUUCACAGCAUCAGGGGUCUUAUGCAUGAACCGAAACAAUGA